GAGCUUUCAUGGGUGGGAUUGAAAUCGAUGGUCCAGUUCAAUGAGUGUCAAAGGUCCAUAGACCUUUAAGCCGGCAACGUUGAAAAUCUUCCCCUCCAUUUUUUUUUUAUAUGUCCCAUUAGUGUGGCAUAUUCCAAGGAUGCUAACACCUCCUUACAAAAUGUUAAAAGAAUGUUGUUCUUGUUAGUCUUUUGCUCGGUACAUAUUGUGUGCACCACCAAAACAGAAUGAUCAAGUGGAAAAAAAGUUGGCCUAACCCUUACCUCAAUGAAGAGAUUUUUUGAGGUUCAUAGUACUAAAUUUAUGUGUAUAAUAACUUACAUGCAUGAAGGCCACUAGGUCAGAAUUAGUUGGCAGUAUAUGGUACCAAAAACAGAAACACAGAUAUGCAGACUUCAAUUUCUUCUUGGUCAGCAACAUGAAGCCAUUUCUUAUACUAUGCUCGAGUUUCUUCGUAAUAACACAUCUUCUUGUCAAUUGCUCUCCUUCACCAUCAUCACCAUCUUCAGAUUUGGGUUACAAUUUAUCUUCAAUACAAUCCCUUUGCAAGAGCACACCAUAUCCUGAACUCUGUUACGACUCAUUUACGCUCUCGGACUUUGUCAAGAACAUUUGUCCAAACCAUUUAGCUCUACUUCAGCAUUCACUUCAAACUGCCUUAUCCGAAGCCGGAAAGCUGUCAAAUCACUUCUCCAUUAGCCAACCCAACAUUGUGGAAACACAAAAGGGUACACUUCAAGAUUGCAAUGACCUGCAUGUGAUCACAAUUUCCUCUUUGAAGAAAUCUGUUUCCAGAGUCAACAGCAUUCUCAGCAGUACAAAUUUAGACGAUGCGAGGGCCUAUCUUAGCGCGGCGCUGACUAACAAAUACACUUGCUUAGAAGGCCUAGAUUCUGCCUCUGGCUCUUCUAAACUCCCUUUGAUUACUUCUAUGAUUAAUGCUUACAAGCAUGUUAGCAAUGCAUUAUCACUUCUUCCUAGCAAAUCAGGUGGCACAUCAUCAUUAAGCCAAAUGAGGAGGCGUUUAAUGGGAUUUCCGAGGUGGAUAUCAACUAAAGGUCGGCGAAUUUUGGAGGGUUCGGAUAGUGAGUAUAAUUCGAGCAAUGUGCUAACUGUUGCCAUUGAUGGAACAGGCAACUUUACCUCGCUCGCUGAUGCGAUAAAGUUCACUCCAAAUAACAGUAUGUAUAAAAUAUUUAUCUAUGUUAAGGAAGGAAUAUAUCACGAAAACGUGGAUAUUCCAAGUUCAAAGCCUAACAUUGUAUUGAUUGGGGACGGAAGAAAUGUUACUGUCAUUUCUAGUAAUAGAAGCGUAGGGAAUGGAUGGACUACAUUCAAAUCUGCUACUGUAGCUGUAUCAGGCGAGGGGUUCUUGGCAAGAGACAUCACGUUCGAGAACACAGCAGGACCCGAAAAGCACCAGGCGGUCGCGCUUCGGGUCAAUGCAGAUUCCGCAGCAAUCUACAGGUGCACCAUUAAAGGCUACCAAGACACCUUAUACGUCCACUCAUUUCGUCAAUUCUACCGUGAAUGCGACAUCUACGGCACCAUAGACUUCAUAUUUGGAAACGCCGCGGUCGUUUUCCAGGAAUGCAACAUCUUUUCCAGAUUGCCAAUGCCUCAUCAAUUUACAGUGAUCACGGCCCAAUCUCGCGAUGCUCCCUAUGAAUACACCGGAAUCUCCAUCCAAAACUGUUCAAUAUUGCCGGAUAUCGACUUGCUUGACAAAAAUUCGACAACUGUUCGGAGUUUUCUGGGAAGGCCGUGGAAGAAUUACUCGACAACGGUGAUUAUGAGAUCUUAUAUUGACGAUCACAUUGCUCCUGAAGGGUGGAGAUCUUGGUCAGAUGGGAACAAUAAUAGCAUCAGGAGUUUGUACUAUGGAGAAUAUGACAACAUUGGACCCGGUUCAGUGACUGAUAAUCGUGUUAAUUGGCCUGGUUAUCACAAGAUGAAUGAUCUUGAUGCGUCGAAUUUCACGGCGUCGGAAUUUAUUACUGCGGGUGAGUGGUUGAAUUCUACAUUCUUUCCUUACUAUGACGGCAUCUAGAAUGCUUAGGAAAUGAUUCAUUUGUACGCAUUGAUUUUUCAUUUUCCAACAAAGUUUUGAUUUGUAUAAAAAUAAUAAUAUAAAUCAUUCGUACUGAAU